AGCUCCAUUGAGCACCUGGGACGGCUGGGAGAAACCGGGAGCUGCUGACGGCACACAGGCAAGACUGCUAUUUUCUGACUUAAACAUUUCUCCCUGCAAUGCUGCAAAUAGAACGUUUCAUUACGUGCAGAUUGAGUUACGUGCUCAGAAAUAAACACGGCCUGCACGCUGCAAGGCUCCAUCUUCAAGAAAGUUUCCAGGAAAGUCUCUGAUGACAGCUUGACAUGAUAAUCGAGGCGUUUAGCGGCAAUUGGAGUGGACUCAGAGUUAUUAAAGUUGUGUCAGUGUUCAGGAUUUGGUUGUCUGAGUUUUGUUAAAGGAAUAAGUGCAUUUGUGUGGGUUUUAUAGUUUAUCUAAAAUGCAAACUCUGUUCUCAUUUGUUCUCAAACAGGUGGCGUGACAUUAUAAAUUUAAGACUUUAUUAUGUGAGCAUAAAAAUGUGCUGUGCCAUGUUUCUUUUUAUGAUGCUCUGCACUUUAAAGUCUUACACUUUCUAGAUGUGAAUGUCUUCAUGUAUUUAUUUCAGAAGACAUUUGGCUGGUGGGACAUUUGAGGGCUGGUUUUGGUGGAUCUGCUCCUGGUUAAGAGUACAGGUGGAUCUCACAGUUCAUUUCAUCAACAUGGGGUCUGCCUCCUCCUCUUACUCUCCCAAAACCAUCUAUUUGGAUGUAGACGGCAAAGUGCAGAAGGUGCUUUUCAGCCGUCACUGCAGCCCAUGUGAUAUUAAAGAACUGCUGUGUUCCUCCUCCAACAUCCCCAGGAACACUGCAAUAAUGAUGACAGACCCUGAAGGUGCCAUCGUAUCCAUUGAUCCCACCAUGCCCACCAACAACCCCAACUUCCUGUAUAAAAUCAUUCCCUUGUCUGCCAGCCAACUGGGAGAAAAGGAAGACAUGUUUCAGAAUGUGCUCUCACAGGUAGCAGAGCAGUUCAGCAGAGCAUUUAGGAUCAACGAGCUGAAAACGGAAGUGACCAACAGACUGGCUAUGCUGGAGAAGAGAGUAGAACUGGAGGGGUUAAAGGUCGUAGAGAUUGAAAAGUGCAAAAAUGACAUGAGGAAACUACGAGAUGAGAUGACAUCUAGAGCAGGAGCAAGAGUGAAUUGUCCAUGUAAAUACAACUUCUCCGACGACGGGAAGAAAUUAACUCCCAGACGUGACAUCCCCAGCUACCCAAAGUACACACUUUCUCAGGAGACCAUUGAAGCGCUGAAGAAACCAACCUUUGAUGUUUGGCACUGGGAGCACAAUGAAAUGCUGAGCUGCCUGGAGUACAUGUACCACGACUUAGGACUCGUGAAGGAGUUUAACAUAAACCCGAUUACUCUCAAACGCUGGCUGCUGGGCAUUCAGGAAAAUUACCGAAGCAACCCGUUCCAUAAUUUCCGUCAUUGUUUUUGCGUGAGUCAGAUGAUGUAUGGCAUGAUCCACCUCUGCAACCUCCAGGAAAAGCUCACCCUGACAGAUCUGGGCAUUUUAAUGACUGCUGCUGUGUGUCACGACUUGGACCACCCUGGAUACAACAACACGUACCAGAUCAAUGCCCGCACUGAGUUGGCGGUGCGCUAUAAUGACAUCUCGCCUCUGGAGAAUCACCACUGCGCUGUAGCCUUCCAGAUACUCUCUCUGCCAGAGUGUAAUAUAUUUGCCAAUGUGGAGCCGGAGGCCUUCAAACAGAUUCGGCAGGCAAUCAUCACGCUGAUUCUGGCCACAGACAUGGCCCGACAUGGUGAGAUUCUGGACUCGUUCAAGCACAAAGUGGACCAUUUUGACUUCACCAAUGAGGAACAUGUGGCUUGCCUGAAGAUGGUCCUUAUCAAAUGCUGUGACAUUUCCAAUGAAGUGCGGCCGACGGAGGUGGCCGAGCCGUGGGUGGACUGUCUGCUGGAGGAAUACUUCAUGCAGAGCGAUAGAGAGAAAUCUGAGGGGCUUCCUGUUGCUGCCUUCAUGGACAGAGAGAAAGUCACUAAGCCCACAGCACAGAUCGGCUUCAUUAAAUUUGUCCUCAUCCCUAUGUUUGAAACGGUCAUGAAGCUCUUUCCUCAGAUUGAAGAGAUUAUGGUGCAGCCUCUCAGAGAUUCGCGUGACCACUAUGAGGAGCUGAAGCAAAUCGAUGAUGCCAUGACCGAGGCACAGAAGAAAAAAACAGAAAGCCUGUCAUUAGGAGGGAAAAAGAAAUAAGCACUGCUAUGAGCAUAAAAGUGACUGUCAUUUGUGACCUGACUGCAUGGUGUGGGCCAAGAUCUGCUGUGAGGAUCUCUGAGACCAUGGACCGAUAUUGAAGAUGGAUGGUUUGAGUCUACUGAAUCUUAAGGGUCACCUGAUUAACAAGAAAUCACGAGUUACUUCCUUUUGCCAAGAGGCUGUUAGGCUGGUCUGAUUCCCUCUUUUUCAUAUCAGUCAGUUUUGGCUAAUAUGGGCAUAUAUUCUUUGAUCUUGUUUGUUUGUUCUCUUUACAGUGUUCACUGAAAAGGAAAAACAUUUCUAUCACAUGUACAUACUAUAUUUCGUAGUCAUCUAAAAGGUUUGUGGUCCCAAAGCAAUUAUGAUACUGGAUUACAGUAUGACGUAUAACCAUAUAACUAGUGCCUUUUAAAAAUGUUUUGAUGAUUAUAAAAGGUCAACAUGAUAUGACACUGUUCCUUUGUGGAUUCCUCCUGAGUUCCUCUAAUACACCAGUUCACAUUUUUGGUGGUUUUGUGGAGAGCAUAAUAACACUGUUAACCAUAAUAUCAGCUUUUAAGGAUACCCGAGAACUCCAUUUGCAGUGUUUUGAAACUAGCAUAUUUUUCCUGAAAACAAGUCACACCCGGUUAUAAGUCGCAAAGGGUCAGAUUGCAUUUUCGAGAGGUGAAAAACACAUAUUAAGUUGCAUUUUACUGUUUAAAUAAGAAUAAUGUAAAAGAGGCUGCCUGGUAACCCUAAAUAAAAUGUCUCCAACAAAUCGUAACUUUAAUAAAAUUGUUAUGAAACAUAGAAAAAAAUGUACUAUUAAAGUGGUAAUAAAUACAUUUAUUAAAAUUAAAACUGAACUCUAUUCUGCGAAACCAUACAAAUACUCAAACUUCUGUCUGUUUUGCCUUAAAUCCAAAUUUAAGCAAACAGCGUUUACAGCAGUCAUAUUUGGUUACAACUAUGCUUGCUUGAGGAGUGAGAACCAAUGAGAUUCAUUCUUGUAUUUUUUUAUAUUUAAAGGUUUGUAUUUAGGUUUCCUAUACAACCAAUACAAUUUGUUUUCUCAUGUAAAGCAGGUUUGGUUGAGCUCCUGUUUAUGUUCUUACAUGGGAAUUUUGGUUUACAAAAGUUACAUUUCUUCAUUUCAUAAAAAGUGAGUAUGUCUCUUCAGAACACUCACAUUAACUAGUGCAUAGCAAAUUUUUCAGAAAACAAGUCACACCAGAUUAUAAGUCUGAACGGGUCUAAUUGUUUUGUUGACAAGAGAAAAUAAAGACAGAUUAACUGUAACACACAUCUUACAGUUUGAACCAGAAUUGUGUAAAAAA